CAAACCAAACAAAAACAAAAUGUCAGAAUCUACGAAUAUCGAGUUUUAGAUUUUUCGAUUAACAACUUUUUAUUGUAUUUAAUACUCAUAAUUUAACAUUUUUAUCAAACAAAAAUGUACAACCUUUCCGAUAAGAGCGAGACUUAUAAUUUUGAAACAACGUAUUUUAAUAAAGUGCGAGUGUUUAAAUCAUUGAUCAACGCUUAAAAUAAUUGAUAAGAUUAUUUAGUGAUCAGAACAGCUACCCCGAUGCCUUUAUGCAUCAGACUCUUUGAGACAACAUGUAUGACAUGUUGUCAGAAUUCAGUGUAUCGGAAUUCGAUUCAUUUGUCGAUAUACUAAAAUUGACUCCUGUUGACCCUUUAGAUACAUUUGGUGAGAUGUGGUAUCCAGUAUUUCUUUGGUCUUUGUGUUCCUCAGUGUUUGUGCAUACCUGUGCUGCACUAGUUGCUUUUGGAACAUUAAGAAAGCAUAAAUAUGGCAAGUUUUUUCCAGUGCUUCUUAUUGUAAUGGGUGUGAUGAGUCCAGUUACUUCUGGUGUAGCAAGCAGUGCAGCUAUAGCCUUCAUAUACCGAGCCGCCAACUUAACAAUGCCACCAAUACAUGCAAUGAUAUGGGGUAUAGGACAGACUGUCCUAGGAGCUGGAAUUGGUUUUACAAGGAUUUUAGCUACAUUGUAAUAAACAAUAUGAAACAAUGAUUUUGUAAAGUUAUGUCAAUUAUGAUAGAAUAAAUCUUUAUAAAUGGGGAAUGGUGCUAAAAUGUAUGUUUUUAGUGUCUAGAUUAUAAUCUGCUUUGGUGUGGUAAUACUCAUUUAUUUACCAAUAUUAGUCAAAAUAUAAAUAUAUAUGUAUAGGUGUGUGCUUGUACUGUUUAAGUAAUAAAAUUUUAUAAAAUGUAUUAAGAAUCUACUUAGCAACUGAAAUGACAAUCUUAAUUAUUCAUCCACAGCAUUCAUAAUAAUGAUGUCUGUUAUAAUUCUAAUAUAAAAAAUGUCAGGACCUCUGUAUAUAAUGUAGUUUUUUGUAACUAAGCAUUCCAUGAAUCAAAAUCAUUUUGCCUUAGUGUUUAACCUGGUUAAAAAGUGAUUUCCCACCGAAAAACCAAAAUUAUUAAGUUAUGUUAUCUAAAUUAUUUAAAAUGAAAAGCAAUUUUUAGUAAACAUAUUGUAAAAUUGAUAUUUCACUAAUAGUUUAAAUUGUACUUAAGACACUUAUUGGUCCAGUUAGUAUAUUGUACAUAUAACACUAUCAUUUUCUACAGUUUUCAAAGCCAUGUGUUUAUAAACUAUGAAA